AUGAAGGCUAGUAACAUUGAAAGUAUGUCAGACGGGAGACAUUUCUUAUGUUUACUUAGAAGAUACUUUCCAGAAAUCGAGGUUCCAUAAUUUAAAAAAAAUAUAUCAAUAGUUUCUCGUAUAGAAACUCUUACAUUAGUAGCUCGCUAUUGUUCAAAACUAGACAAUUCAAUAAAGAUUGAUGUUUUGAAAAUAGCAAACAAGGAGUCUCAUAUGAUUCUAAAUUUACUUAAGUUUAUAAAAUCAAUUCUAGAUAAAACUCCAAUAAAAAAAUAAAAUAUCAAGGAAGAAAUCCCAACUAUAAUUAAAGGGUACAAACAAGAGUGCCAAAAGAUAAAUGAAGAGAUUGUAAUAAUUCCAAAUCCAAAAAAAUAAACAGUUGAUUAGGAAAUAUAAACUAUGGCAAUUUAAGAAGUGAAACCUUUACAAGUUUUAUAAGAAAAAAUAAAAAAAAUUUUAUAAUCCAAAUUGCAGAGCCCUCAUUUAGAAUUAGAAAUACUCUAAUUGUUAGAGAAAGAUAAGGAGGUAGCUAUUCUCUAACUAAAUUAUUAAAUGAAAGCAUCUAGAGCAAGUCUGAAUCCAUCAAAACUCACAGAGUUUAUGUCCAUUCAUAGUAGUUAGUUUUAUAAUGGAGGGGAAUAGAAUUUACUUGAACCUGAAUAAUGUUUUUAUCAGAAUCAACCAAGCAAAAAGAACAUAAAUGAUGAUAGUUUAUUUCAAGUUAGUGAUGAAAAAUAACAUUAUUGA